CUUGCCGAUAAAUUAUUCAUGGUGAGGCAUUUGACGCUCGAAAUAAUUUCCUCUCUCAAGCUUGCGUUCACCACCUCCAAAGGUUCUUCCAAAGGUCCUAUCAAGCAUUUCAUUCUGUCAUCAUGGAUCUGGAUUUACUGCAAGUGUCCGCGCCAGGAUUGGCGUAUAUCUGUCUUGGUGGUUUUGUAGUGUUGGUUCGUUCUAUCUCUCUUUGAAUGCAUGUACUCGCCGCUGCCCCCGGUACCGCGUCUGCUGUUUUACAGUUUGCGGCGUUAUCUGCUGUUUUGCAGCUUGUUAUCGCUACUGUCCAAUUUGUUCCGCACUGCUGUUACUCGUGGUAUCUGCAUGUUAUGCUGACUAUUGACCACAGUUCUCGAUGAUAUCCCUCUUAGUCAAAGAAAAGCUUUAUAUCAAUGAAGUCGUCCUCGGAACCGGCUUCGGGGUCAUCAUAGGCCCUUAUGUUGCCAAUGUAUUCACACCCCGCGAAUGGGGUCCCUUGGAAAAUACCAUAACUUUAGAGGUCAUGCGCAUCGUCCUCGCCACUGGCUUGUUCGCAGUGGGAGUCGAAUUACCAUGCGCAUAUAUGAAAGAGCAUGCCAAGAGCUUGCUCAUAAUGGUCGUCCCUACCAUGGCUUUUGGCUGGGCUGUUGUCGCCGCCGUCAUACAAGCAUUAUUCCCGCAGCUCAAUUACAUUUCGUCUUUGUGCAUCGCUGCUUGCUUGACCCCCACGGACCCAGUCACAUGUGCCGCCAUCACUCGCGGCAAAUUUGCCACUAAACACGUGCCUGUGAAUAUCCGUAGAAUAUUAUCCGCAGAGUCCGCAGCGAACGACGGUCUUGCAUACCCAUUCCUUGCAAUAUCCAUAUACCUCACCGUAGAGACAUCCGUUCGAACUGCUAUCGGCAAGUGGUUUUUGGUGGGAUGGCUAUACGAGGUCAUCCUUGGCACCGUUUUGGGGGCCGUUCUAGGCCUGCUGUUUUCCAAGCUCAUGAGGAUAUCCCACAAUAAGGGCUUUAUAGACCGUGAAUCUUACAUCGCACAAUACCUGGCUCUGUCCAUCUUCACUAUCGGAAUCGCGAGCACCAUCGGUGCAGAUGAUCUUCUUGCAGCAUUUGCAGCUGGUUCUGCAAUUUCUUGGGACGGCCACUUCAAUAUACAGACUGAAGAUGACGUAUUCUCCUCUGUGAUAGAUUAUGUCUUGAAUUGUGGCUGUUUCAUCUACAUCGGUGCUUGGCUACCUUUCGACGCCUAUAACUCUCCCGAGUAUGGCAUCACUCCUUGGAGGCUUGUUGUUCUUGUCAUCGCUAUUUUGGUCUUGAGGCGAAUUCCACCCUUAUUGGUGCUCUACAAAUUUGUUCCCGAGAUUGCUUCCUGGAAGGAAGCUUUGUUCUCUGGCCACUUCGGUCCAAUGGGAGUCAGCGCAGUGUUCGUGUCUGCUCUGGCGCUUACGCGUUUGCCCACUCCGGAACACCCGCCUGCUGAUCAAGCACAAUACCUCGCCGCAACUAUUCAGCCUAUCGUGUCCUUCGUCGUCCUCGGUUCCAUCAUCGUUCAUGGCUUGUCUAUCCCGUUCUUCAACAUGGGUCGUGGCGUACACUCUCGCACCACUUCGUUGACCACGACGUGGACCAACCGUAAUCGUGUCACGGUUCCGGACUGGGUUCUUUGGGCUCGCCGUGCUCCCGACGGGUCAACUGUGGAUGGAGAUGUAGAGCGAGGCUCCAACAAGAUUCCUGGAGACCCCGAUGGAUCUUCUACGAAUACGCCAGAGACUUGUUCCCCAGUUGUUGCCAUAACAUGGAUACAUGAUUCCGCCGUGACCAAACGUCAUUCUCGUGGUAAGGAUGACUCUUCUCCAGAACUGGUGGAGGUUGAGGCUGUCAAUAAUCACGCUGAACAAGCGAAUUUGGAUAGUAGCCCUCCAAAUGAUAACCAGUUUAAGACUGUUCACUUCCCAUCCGUUCAAUAACAAUUAACGAGCCUCCGUGCUGGACUGGCAUGUAAAAACUGUACUGACUUGUAUGUCUAUCACGACUUGUCAUGUUACAUACGAUACACCACCCACAAAGAACCUCUUGCUCCCCCUUUACCUUCCCUACUACUUUCCCCCCUGUCCCUUCCCCUAGUGACGGAAAUAAAGACAUGUUCAUGUUCCCAAA